AUGGGCCUCAGCCAGUCGCUACCCACCCCGGCACCCUUUCCUCUCACACCUUUUGAGGUCAAGGCGCGCAACCAUGCCCAUAUCAUGUUCUUUGCGUACCUUGUAGGCCUGCCGCUUGGCGUCUGCCUCGCGCGGUACCUGCGCACUUUCAUGCACGGAUGGUUGCUUCCGCAUGCCCUCGUGAACGGGCUCUUCGUCGGGCCGCUGGUGAUCGCAGGCUACGCACUUGGCUUCCAAACUACGACCGCCGCGGGGUUACCACACUUCACGGACCCACACCAAAAAAUCGGCCUUGCACUCUUCGUGAUGUACCUAAUUCAGGUUCUUCUCGGAGUGUUCAUCCAUUGGGUCAAAAUUCCCGCGUACUGGAAGCCGAUGCUCGGUCACCGCCCGCAAAACUUCGUGCACAUCGCGCUCGGGCUCUCCAUUCUCGCGCUCGCCUCUUACCAGACGCACUACGGCCUCUUCACAGAGUGGGGUCUCAUCACCGGCAACGUACAUCCGACCUCGAUUGGAUGCCGGCGGUUCUGGCUUGCGUUCGUUGUGGUGAGCACUUGGCUGUUUGUCUCGCCUUGCCAUCAUCUGCCCUCCUACCUCAUGCCAUCUGCUCUUCUCAUUCCCCAUUGCUUCGCCUUUUUCUCUGUUGACGGACUCUUGCUGACAGCCAUCCCUCAGAUCACAUGGGGCUUCUACAUCAUCGGCCUCGCACUCCUCCCGCGCCAGGUCCGGCAGGAGCGUCGUGCGCUCGAGCUCAAGGACUCUGACUCAACCGAAGGCAAGGCUCCCAUUGCCCAGUCUGCGGCGUGA